UGUCAGACUGUGUGGAAGAGCACAAAAACACAUAUAAAACACACAUGAGCCAUAAUCGCGGCUGUCACGUGUGUGUGUGUGAUUGUCCUGAGGCGUUGAGCUCGUGACGCCGAGCGCGGGAAGAGGUUCAGGCCCGGAUCGUGUUCUGGCUUCCGGUUGAUCUCGGUCUUCAGACUCACACGAGGAUCCGGAGCUUCUGUGGAAACUUCACUCGAGCUACAUUUAACACAAACUACGGGGAGAGAAUAAUCACACACACACACACACACACUGAGGAUGGAGCGACGCUUGUUCUGGCUGUUGUGUGUGCUGGCUGCUCUGGGAUCAGUCACAUCGGACGAUCCUGUGGUGCUGCCAAAGUUCAGCAUUGUGGAGAGCAGCAAGACUCUGGAGUGUGAUAAUGGGAACUUUAAGCCGAAGUCUCUGACGGUGUCGGCUACCUACUCCUGCUGCUUAGAUGACAGCGACGAAACGACCUGUUCUAAAGCUGUAGUGAAGACCCUGUCUGAAGAGAAUCUGAUCCAGUUGGACAUGUCGGCUGUGAUCACGGUUCUGGUGAGCGAUGUCCUCGUCACGGCUCUCAUCGGAUGGGCCGUUUACAUCGUGUGUGCUCAACCCUCCACCCGGGCCAGCUACCAGGACAGCAAAGCCUCGGACCGGAAGAACCUGAUCUCGAACGAGCGCCCGGCUGACGGCGCGUCAGGAGACAUGUAUCAGCGGCUGAACACGCGCACCGACGAGUACAGCACUCUUCACGCGCAGCGCAAACCCAAGAACAGCAAAUACCCCUGAGCCCAAGAAGAAGAAGAAGAAGCCUGGGUUACACCGGGUUAUUAGAGGAAAUAAUGUCUUAUAUCAGUUUAUUAGAGGAAAUAAUGUGUUUUAUCAGUUUAUUAGAGGAAAUAAUGUGUUAUAUCAGUUUAUUAGAGGAAAUAAUGUGUUAUAUCAGUUUAUUAGAGGAAAUAAUGUGUUAUAUCAGUUUAUUAGAGGAAAUCUGUCUAUUUUCAAAUACUGCUGUGUUGCUCUAAAACGCUUUCAUUCUCUGUAGUUGAUGUAGUUCUCCUGUAGAUGUAAAUGCUUCAAAUAAACGCUUGCGAGUCAAUAAA